AUGCCCCUUGAGCAAGGCAUCCUUCCAGCCGCAGCCCAGACGGAGAUAGUCAACAUCGUGGUCCAACUUCCUGAACUAGUCACACUGCGACUUUUUGUCCGAUAUCCGGUACUGUUGGAGCAACUUUCCACUCGGUACCUCCCUCGGCUGAGAUGCUUAGAUGCACCCCUAUUCGAUUUUUACCCUUUCUACGCCUUCUACCAGCGUAAUUCCCAUAUCGAGGAGAUGCAGGUACCGCACGACGUGUACUGGCCCGAUACCCCAACCACGACCCUACCAUCGCACCGCUUCUUGACGUGUCAAGUCCCCAUUCUCACCGGAGGCCUCCGACCGUUGCGGCAUGAAUACCCCGUCGACAUCUCGACUCCCACCCCUUCGCUCAACUGCGUAGCACGUGCGGAAUUCAGGGCGCUCACCCACCUCCGCCUCACGAGGACAACCGACCGCACCUUCGAGGACGUCGUCCACGUGCUCGGACAGCAGCUCGUCAGCCUCCGCGUGGUGGAGCCGACCCUGGCCGAGUUCCUGCUCAGCGGAGCGGCGUUCCCGUUCUCCCUCGUCUUCCUCCGCGCUCCCCGCCUCCGAUACUUGGAGCACGGGUUCUUCAAGCCGCGCACCACGACCGCGGGCCCACACUUCUGGCUCUGGGGACCCACCGCCUGCCCCGAGUUCCAGCUCAGGCUCCGCGACCAGGCCUGGUACCCGGCGCGCCGGGCGGACGAGACCGUCACGCUCGCCUGGCACCACGGAGACGCGGCGCUGACGGAGCAGGCGACGUUGGACGGGCGCGGGCGACGGCUGGUGAAGGAACGACGUCUUCGCCCUUCGGGUAUCGAGCUAUUUCUGAAGGCGGGCGUAGACAUCGGGGGAAGGUGGGUGAGGAUGAGGAAGAAGAUCGAUCGAGCCCGGAAGGGAAGUAGUAGAAGAGGUCUACACGCCCUUGCGCAAGAACGGAAUAGCGCAUGGUCCACCAUCAAGUCUGCGCACAAGACCGCGGCCGAGUCAGUGUCUAUUGUAUAG